GUCCAACACGGCCAUUGCAAUUAACAAUCUGAAAUCCUUCUGUCAUCUAUUGUACAUUUCGUUCUUCUUUUAUCAUUUCUGGGCGUAAAAGACUGUGAGAGCGAACGGGACUGCAAUUCCUAAGAGAUUAUCGGCCAUGGCGUCGCCCUCUUCCUCUGACGAACCUCCAAAUCAAUCACAGGAACAGCAGCAAUCGCCAGUGAAGGAGAAGGAAAAAGAGUGCGUGUAUAAGACCAAAGCCAUUCAAUUUCUGGGCCGCCCUACGCCUAUUGUCCUCCAGAACGAUAAUGGCCCUUGUCCUCUCCUCGCCAUAUGUAAUGUUCUCUUGUUGAGGAACAACUUAAAUUUGGGUCCAGAUGCAACAGAAGUGUCGCAGGAGAAAUUGUUAUCUCUUGUUGCUGAACGGUUGAUUGAUUCAAAUAGUAAUGUUGAUAACAAAGAUGCUGGUUUUGUUGAGAAUCAACAACAGAACAUUGCUGAUGCCAUUGAUCUGCUGCCACGGCUAGCAACAGGGAUAGAUGUAAAUAUUAAGUUUAGGAGGAUUGAUGAUUUUGAAUUCACUCCAGAAUGUGCCAUUUUUGAUUUGUUGGAUAUCCCUCUGUAUCAUGGUUGGAUUGUUGAUUCUCAGGAUCAUGAUACAGCUAAUGCAAUUGGUUCCAAGUCCUACAACGCUAUUAUGGAGGAGCUCGUUGCUCUGGAAACACAACACAUGGAGGGUCAGUGUACGAACAAUCCUGAAGAUGACUGUAUUGAUUUUGUAGCUGCAACAACAGCAACACUUGGAGUACCAUCUCCAAGUCUUUCAAAAGCUCGAUCUUUUGAUGAAUCACCUCGUUCAGUCUUUGAUGAGCAACAAAUGAGAAAAGGGGAUCUUGAAGAAGAGGCAGAGUUAUUGAGAGCCUUGAAGUUGUCUGAAUCUGAAACACCAAUCUUAAUGAGUAAUCAUGGUGUUGCCAACGCUGAUGGGGAUACUAACUCCACUAAAUUGGAUGAGGAGCUAUCUCCUGAAAAGGUUUCAGUCAUAGAUUCUGUGGUGAAGACCGUAGCAAAAGACACCUGUGCUGCAGACAAUAAUCUUAGCCAGCAGUCAGAUUCAUCCAUUGCAGAUUCUUGCAAAAUUCCAUUGAGCAAGACUGAUGAAGAUGUGUCCCCUAUUUCCAAUGCAACGGAGCCAGUAAGCUCUUCACCAUUGACGACUGAUGCGGGAAAGCACCUUGAUUGGACUGUUGAGUCUGAAGGGCAUAAGAUUUGCCCUGAUUUGCUGGAGAAGGAUAAUCAUGAAACAUUGACUGAGACUGUCACCAGUUCUGGAAGAGAGGGUGCCUUGGUGAAUGAUAGUCCUGAGGAUAUUUCUCACAUGAACGAUAAAAGUGCUUUUUCAGCUGCUUUUGAAACAGUUGACCAUAGACCGGUUGAUAAGGAAGGCCCAAUUGAACUUUCUGGCCUGUCUCCAUCUGUUACUCGUACAGAUUCAGCAGGUGGUAAAACUCAAUGUAUUGAUGUACCUGAAGGUUUGAAUUCAAUUGUUGGUAGCGAGCCCAUAUAUGAAGGAGAGGAAUGUAUAUUGGAUCCAGGAAGUUCAGUUCUUGAAGUUCGAGAGCCUGUAUAUGAAGGCGAAGUAGUUAUUGCAGAACAAGGUUGUGGAAGCUCUGUAAAUUUCUGUAGUCCACCGUCAAAGGAUGAAAUUAGUCCAAAACAAGGGGAGCUGAUUAGGAAUUUUUUGAAGAAUAAUGCUAGUCAGUUAACUUUUUACGGCCUUUUCUGUUUACAAGAUGGCCUUAAAGAGCGUGAGCUUUGUGUUUUUUUCCGUAAUAAUCACUUCAGCACUAUGUUUAAGCUUGAUGGCCAGCUUUAUCUUUUAGCUACAGACCAAGGUUACAUUCAUCAACCUGAUUUGGUGUGGGAAAAGCUAAAUGAGGUAAAUGGAGACACUUUGUUUAUGACGAGCAAUUUCAAAGAAUUCAAAGUAGAAAGUCAUUCAAAUGAAUCUUGGGAUGAACAGAAUGCUUUGACAAGCACAGCGGACUAUCUUGCUAGCAUUGAUGCUGCGAAACAUGCCGGAUUGGAUUUUAAUUCUGACCUACAAUUAGCAAUAGCCCUGCAACAGCAGGAGUUUGAACAACAACCACAGCGACAAAAUGUGCAGCAGCCAUCUUCAGGCGGCAGUUCAACGCUGGUUGUGGGUCCUCAGGUGCCUGGAACCAGUGGCAAAACCCCGCCAUCUUCUUCGUCAAGGACUGACAUGAAAUCGAAGGAGAAGUGCAGUGUGAUGUGAAUUUUGCUUUGCAGAUUCCGUAGGAAAUCAUUUAUAUUUUGUUCCCUGUAAAUGGUUUGUUGUCUUCUCAAUUGAACCGCAUGCUGUUGACUAACCUAAUUCCUUACGACAGUAUGGAUGCAGUUUUCCAUUUUGUAUAUAAAGGAGUAUAUAUCCCAUUCCCCCAUUUCUGUAGGCUCAUAAUAUCUUUUCUUCUGGAUAUUAACAUCAGAGGAUAUGUAAGAAACGCAGAGCUAUGUAUCUUAAACAUCAAUUGGAAAGCCAAGUACGCACUCUCUCCCUCUUUGUGGUAUAAA